GCCGUCCCGAGUGCACGCUGCGCCGCGCACGCACACGCACCCGUCGUUAUGAUGCGGCGUGGUUCUAUGGCAAUCCCCGGCGGGGGCGAGCCACUUAUAGUUGUUGAAGAAAGUGGGGCUGAAGAAGAGGCCUGCUAUCGGCCUCCCGCGCCUUUCCGAGGCUUCUCUGAGGAUCAAGAGUCGCCGCCAGAUCCCUACCACUUGUCACCAUGGCGAGACAACCGCAAGCAUUCCCUUCCAACACCAGCUUGCACAUCUGGACCCACGGCUAGCCAGGUACGUCGCUUAUCAGAGCGAGGAGAAGGCGCAGCUCGUGAGGCUAGAGAAGCAGCCUUUUUGGCUACUUUGAGCCAGGCUCCACCACAGACGGGCGGUCGAAGGCAUUCCGUAGUUACAAUAUCAAGAGUGCCUCAGGCACUCUUUGGACGAGGCCGACGAGAAUCUAUUGCGGCUUUCCCCGCCCUGGGCCAUCGGCGGGACUCCGGAGCUGGAAUUAAAAAAUGUCCACCAGCCACUGAUGCGCUGGGUAGUACUCAUAAUCUACAAUUGGACAUAAUGGAUGAUAUCGUACAGGCACGCAAAGUGCGAAUGCGUCUAUGGAACACAUCGAAUGAAAAGGUUUGUGAAGUACAGCCUUUAGAUGAGCGAUCUCCAAUUGGCAGUUCGGUGAGAUAUACAAACCGAGGACGCAGACAUUCAGAUUUCGUUGGAUCUCCACUACCACCAAUUCCUUCCCGUCGUCGCGCUUCUGAAAUGCCCCCUCCACCUCCGAUACCUCCCCGUAGCGGUGCUGGUGUGGUUUGUACUGACACAGAUCUCAAGCUGAUGUUAAAUGCUCUAACUUCUUCUGCUACGGAGAUAGAUAGAUGUGGUAAACCUGAUCGUAACAGACGUUUGGCGGACAUGAGAUCAAGCAGUUUCGAUGCUUCUACGCUACGCGAAAAGCUUUCAGAUUCAGGUACUGGAUGGUUUGCAAGAAGGCAUCAGACAUUGGCUACCAAGAAGAAAGAAAACGAAGUUAAGAAACCUAAAGUGACGUUCGCCCCAGACUCCAAGUCGGCUCCAGGAGAUGCUGCCGUUGUGUGGGAUAAGCCAACGGGAUCUGUUGUGGAUGCAAGUGCUCUUGGCAGCGCCAUAGAGGUUUUUCUAAGGAGUGGAAACACCGUCAAUCCAGCUCCUUCGUCAUCAGGAAUAUCAAUACCUGUAGAAAUAACAAAACCUGAAAAUGAAGCUCGACCUACACCCAGUACGAGUCGAACUUCAGGACGCGAAAAUGAGCGUUGGUUCUCAAACAGACCGGAGGAGGAGGAAACCGGAGAAGGUUGCGAUGCGUCCCUUUGCACCUCUCUAAAGGACCUCUUCGUGUAGAGACAAUCAGUCUAUUAAAACUUCUAUAUAUAUAUUUAUACAUAACACUGAAUUACUUUCAGGUUGAGAGUGAGAGUAGCACGUACAUAUGUCUCAACUCAUGUCUUGCAAGCUCGGUGUACCUUAUUUUAUAAAUCUUUCAAUGUGAUAGACUGCGCGAAGGAUGCCGGCGCCGGUCGUCCUGAGUCGACUCACGACCGACGCCUGACCUGAGCGAAAUUAUUUUUAGAGUAAAUUCUAUUUUCAUUGUAAAAUUUUACUAGUAAUCAAGUUAAUAGAUUUAUCGUUAGUUAGAAAUUAUAGGUAUUUGUAUUGAACGGGUGCGUUUUCCACGUCGCUAGGUCGAUAUCCCCCGCGCCCGCUUCACCCUCGCCCCGUCUCGUCUUUGUCUUGUAAUCAAAUGUUAACCAUUAAACAAUUUAACUUUAUCAUUGUAUAGCAAAUAAUUUAAUGGAGACGUAGCGUUGGGAGAAACGUACGCUUAAUAGACGAAUGCCACUUACGGCACCAUUUAUCAAUAAAAUUUUUAUCGAUGUU